UGAUAAUUUACGUUUGAUCCUGAAAGGACUCAUCAAAAAUGGAAAUUGAGAGCUCUGGUCCCAGCGUCGAUGCAGGCUCCGAACACGACGACGCUGAUGACUUUGACUAUAUCCACCACUCGGACGAAGAAGGGUGUGGUCUGGCCGACGCGUUCAAACAGUUUGAGGCGCAGGUGGCCGUUCGUUCACUCAAAACUCGCGCUCAUAGAUAAGUUAACCCGAUUAUUCUAAUGAAGCCUACUGUUUCAGGCGGAAAAGCGUACACUGGAGCUGCUAAGGGCUACAGAGGAACAACUUUUUCAGUUGCCGCUAGUGGAUUCAACGCCUGCAAGUGGGGAGAACAAAGGAACAAAUGCAGAGGAAGGGAGCGUUCCUGCGUAUGUGUACAUGAGCGACCAGUAUCGGUUCAAGAGACCUCCACAAUUCCAGCACUGGCAACAGAAUUUCCAGUAUUUGCAGGUCACGGGAUCGAGGAUGCUGGAAGGAGAGUCGAUGGAGCAUGUGCAGUUAAUACCGAUGGAAUCGAAGGGGUCUGAAAGUAUAAGUGGUGACAUGAGUGAGAUAAAGCUACAAGUGGAAGGUGUUUCUUGCUUAAAAGAGCCGACACCUGCGUCUAGAGAGAACUAUGAGGAGAUCAUUCUGUGUGACGGUGUGAUGGAAGAAGCACUAGAACACGACGAGAAUACGGACGACGGGGAGGCUGAUCUUGGAAAUUUUUCUCCUAAUACAUCUUACGUUGAGGAAGUGUUGGAUUCGCUAACGAUGGACUGCUUUUCGUCAACUGUAGCUCCAAUGUUAACUUCGCUUUAUAAGACCAUGCUGGAGAAACAACAACAUCGUGUUAGAUCUGCUCGAGAAGAGAGAGAGGCUGCUGCAAAUCGUACCAUCGAAGAGCAAAUAGCGAUUGACAAGGCGCGACAGCUACGACUGGAACAGGAAGCACUAGAAGAAGCUGCUCGCAUGGAGGAAAUGGAGAGGAAACGACAAGAGGAAGAACGUAAAGAGAAUGAGAGACGAGAGCUGCUGAAGAAACAACAACUGGAGGAAAAUGACGAAGAAGAGGUGAAGAUCAAGACGUUGGCAUACUCGCAUAUGCGUGAAUGGUACCAACCCAAUAAAAAGUGCUUCUCGCAUCGUGGACGCCAGUUGACGUAUCUAAAGCCUGUUCUUCAGACCAAGGAAGCUGAAGACAUUUCAAUGCCAGAAAUUCAAGAGCGUCUACCACCACCAAAUUCAGAUCGCAAACGCACCAGACAAUCCAAUGUCCUCAAGAAGCCACGCUCAAUAGUGCAGAAGCCUCAGCCUGAAUGGGUAACUGGCGGUGCCUUAACUAACGACAAGCUGUGCGAUAUCUCGUGGGUGAAGAAGAUCGCUCGCCCUCCAGUCAAUCCGCCACCUUCUCCGACUCGAUCUCGUCGACGUCGCAAGAAUGAAAACCAGAAAGACGACGCAGUAGUCCAGCUGCCAAUUAUCCCAAAGCCUGAAGCGAAGGCAUCGAAUGCUACAACGAAGUCUACUCCAGUUCGACAUUCAACGCGUUAGAAAUAUUGUCAAAAUUGUCAAUGGAGCCAAUUUUUUAGAAAUCA